CGCCGCCCCACGCCGUCCCGUGCCUCCCUGGCCGCCCUGCGCCGCCCCGCACCGUCCUGCCCGUCCAUCUCCUCCCCGCGCCGUCCUGCCCGUCCAUCGCCGCCCCGCGCCGUUCUCUCCGGGUGGCUGCUUCAACUUGUAUCGGGGCAUCGUGCGUCUGAGGUUGCACAAAGAACCACUAUUGGUACCAUUGAGCAGAGGAAGAAGAAUAGCAAAAUCAUUGGAGGCUACACCAUGGGAGCCCAUCUUCAAGAGAUUAUCCACCGACGUGCUUAUUGCAUCCACUCAAGAUUCUUGCUACCAACGACUCAACUUCCAGCAGCGGCGCAGUAAUCCCCUUCCGUGCUUGUCACGACAUCCUCCACUAGUUGGAGGAAAAAUGGCAAGCGCAAACGGAAAAGCUAAAGAUGGUGCAGUCAUGGAGGAACAACUAAAAGCGGUAGAGUAUGAACUACUGAGAAGUAAGAGGAUUGAAGAAAAUGAUAAACGUCUAGCAGCGGUACGGGAAACAAGAGCUUCUAUGCAGGAAGAUAUGGAAGCAAACAAAGCCGCCAAAAAGAAAAGAAAGGCACCCUCCAGCGCACCUGUAAGCGCGAAUGAAGGACGUGUUUUGAGGUCUAGGGUAUCAAAAGAUCAAGAUCAUGUUGAUCCUGAGCAUCAGCCUUCCAAAGAUAUUACUCGUGAGCUGGAUGAUGAUGGUAGUCAAAAGAAAGGUGGAAGAAAAAUUACUCGAAAGGCUAACAUAUAUGAAAGGCUGAAUCAACCCAAAAUCCAUAUUCCACUUAAUGGGGAUGGGCAGCCUCUUGGGCCAGAUGCAACUGAAUUUGCCAAUUUCAUUGGUACUUUGGUGAGGAAGCAUAUACCACCUGCAGAGUUAGACUUGCGAGAUGUUGAUGUAGAAAAAAAGUUGUUAGUGUGGGAGACCUUGAAGGCAUUUUAUGAGCUGGACUCAACUGCUUUGAGCUUUGUUAUCAACACUUCACACAUAAAAUGGAAGGAUUGGAAGUCAAAUUUAAAGAGUGCUAUCGCCAAAAAGAAUCGUGCCAAUGCAGCACCUCAUACAUCUGGCAACAAGAGUCAUGCCCGUGUUGCCAAUGAAAUGGCUAUCAAACUUGGGCAUGAUCCUUAGAGAGAUGAAGUUUAUAUCGAAACACAUACAUGCAACAAAGGGGAAAGGAAAGGGAGUUAUGUGCCGUAGGCAGCAAGAACAAUUAAAGAACUCAUAGAGAGUGCUGAAAAGCACCUUGAAUGGAAGGACAAAAGAAUUAAAGAAGGUGAUUUGUUUGCACGUGUAUGUGGACUGAAGGAGCCCAGGGGUCGUGUCCGUGUGUUAGGUCUAGGGCCAACACCUCAAGAUUUGGGCACACCGGGUACACGGGGUAAACUGAGUACAAGAGUUCUAGUUGCAAUGGAAGGGCGCCGAGAAGCUGAAAAUCGCUUUAACAUGCUCCAGGGGCAUGUACAACAAAUGGAGGAACAAAUGAACCGAAUGGAAUUGAUGUUAGCUUCACAAGGAAGGCAUAAUCUGGAAACUCCUAGCUCGCAGCACGGUUCCAAUUCUCGACAAAACUCCAGAGUUGAAGCUGAGGAAGAUAACGAUGCUGAAGAAGAUGUUGACCAGGAUGAUGAAGAGCCAUUUGUUCAUAGAAGAGUUGUUGCAAAGCCCCCUGCAAGAAGCUCAUCAGCCCAUGAAGAUGAAAGCCUUAUUAUUAUGGAUGUGCUUCUAUAUGCAUGGACUGGUCCUGAAACUCCUGUUACCAAGGCAACGAUUAUCUCAGUUGACCCAGACACUAUUGUGGGCGGAGAGCCCCUUGGACCAGCAACUUAUGAGGUUCUUGUCAAUGUUGCUAUCAGAAGGGAUGCCAAUGUGCCUUAUGAAGAUGAUGGUUUACAAAUUAUCGCUGAUGCUGUCACAAGGACCAUUGCAUGGCCAUCUAGCAAGAUGAAACCCUACAAACCAGGGGCAUCUUCCUCAUCCCGCCGCUAAGGUAAUACAUACAAAAGGACCAUGAAGGAACCAUGAAGAUGGCUGUUCGUGUUCCCUAGACAUCUUGUGUAAUGGAGCAAAAACAGUGUCUUUUAGGAUCAUUUUGUGGACCUAUAUGGCGGCGUCUUGUCAUCUGGGUAUUUUGUGUAAUGGAGCAAACAAUCAAUCGAUGGACAUGCAUCUAUCAUUUUGUAAACCUAUCGAGUGAUUCGGUGACUGGAACAUAUAAAUGUUGGAAGGCUUAUGAGAAUGAAUUACUGUUUUAUC